GCGCGCAGGAGGCGGGAAAGGCGCUCGGUCGCCUUGGCGGUUUUUUGGCGGCGCCUGAGGCGGCGGCGGCGGGGCGGAGAUGCGGCUGCCGUGCGAGGUGUCGGUGGCGAGCCGCCUGCUCCCCUCGGCGGGGCUGCGAGGGCCGGGCCGCGCCGCCAGGGCUGUGGUGGCCCUCGGGAAGCCGCCCGGAGGAGGGGGAGUCUGGCUCCAGGUCAGCACCGCCCGACACCGCCCGGGGGCCAAGUACCAGCUGAGAGAGAACAUAGAACAGCUCUUUACUAAGUUCGUGGAGGAAGGAAAAGCCACCGUACGGCUGAAGGAGCCAGCCGUGGACAUCUGUCUCAGCAAGGCAAAUGUCGGCCAUCUGAAGACUUUCCUCUCUGCAAUGAAGCUGGCUGACCGAGGCACCAGCGAGGAAAGCUUACCGCUGUCCACCUUGGCCCCUCCGAAAGCUUCUGAAGUUGAGAAGCCAAAGACAAAGAUGACCAUAACAUCCAGGAAGAAUUACCCUUUCACCCAGAGCUUCCCAUACACUCUGGAGCAACUCCAGGCCUCUUACUGCAAAUUACCCCGCAUUGAUAUGCACAUACUUUGCCUGAAGAGCCUCCGGAAACUGGACUUGAGCCACAACCUUAUCAAGAAGCUGCCAGUCACAAUUGGGGAUCUCGUGUCCCUCCAGGAGCUCAGUCUACAGGGCAACCUCCUGGAGUCCUUUGGCGCGGCCCUCUGCAAUUCCACCCUCCGAAAGUCGCUCCAGUCUCUGGAUCUCAGCCAGAACAAAAUCAAAGCGCUUCCAGCCCAGUUCUGCCAAUUGCGGGAGCUCAUUCACUUGAAGUUGGAUGACAACGAUCUGAUCAGGCUGCCGUUCAAGAUUGGUCAACUGAGCCAGCUCCGCUUCUUGUCCGUGGCUCGGAACAAGCUCCCCUUUUUACCCAACAGCUUUGGAAAACUCUCCCUUGAGAGCCUGGAUUUAUUUGGCAAUCCUUUUGAGCAGCCCAAUCCCCUUGCUCCUGACAUACAGCUAAAAAUACCACUGACUUUGUGGGAACAUUCAGCUAGAGCAACGAUCAAUUACAGGCUCCCUUACAGCUGCCACGUCCUUCCUUCUCACCUCUGUCACGACCUGGACAUGUCAAAGAGCUGUCACUGUGGGCGGGCCUGCCUAAGCAGCUUCAUUCAGACGACCGUGACCAUGAAUCUCCACAGUGUGGCGCACACGGUUGUCCUUGUGGACAACAUGGGGAGCACAGAGGCCCCCCUCCUCCGCUACUUCUGCUCUCUGACUUGCUACUCUCAGUUCCUGGACAGACAUCUGCAAAGCAUCCGAUGACCUGAAACCGAAAACCACAUGUGGUCUGAGAAGCCUCAUUCAGCAACAGACGCUGUCUGAUAUCGAAAGCAAUGCUGGGACGCUAGGAAGCAGAGCCAAGAGAUCAGUUGUCUCCCAGGCCUUUCCUUUUUUCAUCGUCCAGAAGGAGCAAGGGAGGCAGGCUUGCAUUCUAAACAGAAUGCGGUUUAGCAAAGGCUGCAGGUUCUUAAUGAAACUCUCUUGCCUGCAUAGAUCAGGGAAGCUCCUUGCCUGAGAGUGGCAGGUUAUGUUCAAGAUGUGAAUAUCAUAUUCCUUCACCUUCCUGUUCAUCGCUGUGAUUGAGCAGGAGGACUCUUCUUGUUGUGCCCCCAAGCAAGGACCUGAUUUCCUUCUCCUGUGCAUUAUAAGGACACUGUUCUGCCUACAAAAAUAGUAAGCUGUUUGUUAUUUAAAGCAGCUCAUGUUCAAAGUGUGUCUAGAAGUUUGG